GGUUCCUCCGGAAGGCGAGAGGGGCGUGCCUUGGGUGCCGCUGGGCAGAGAUCAUGGAAGACACCCAGAUUAUUGACUGGGAUAUUGAAGAAGAGGAGACAGAGCAAUCCAGUGAAUCCUUGGGGGAUAGCUUGGAACCUGUAGGGCAACUGCGUAUUUUCAGUGGUACCCAUGGGCCAGAAAAAGAUUUCCCACUAUACCUUGGGAAGAACGUGAUAGGCCGAAGCCCUGAGUGCACUGUGGCCCUGCCCUUUCCAUCCAUCUCCAAACAACAUGCAGUGAUUGAAAUUUUGGCCUGGAACAAAGCACCUAUCCUCCAGGAUUGUGGGAGCCUCAAUGGUACUCAAAUCCUGAGACCACCUAAAGUCCUGAGCCCUGGGGUGAGUCAUCGUUUGAGGGACAAGGAAUUGAUUCUGUUUGCUGACUUUCCAUGCCAGUACCAUCGCCUGGAUAUCCCCCUGUCCUUUGUCUCUCGGGGUCCUUUGACUGUAGAGGAAACCCCCAGGGUACAGGGAGGAACUCAACCCUCCAGGCUUAUGUUGGCUGAAGACUCGGAGGAGGAAGUAGAUUUUCUUUCUGAAAGGAAUGUGGUGAAAGAAUCAAGGACUACGUCUUCCCCUUUACCAACAGUGGUUCCAGAAAGUGAUGAAGAAGGGCCUUCUCUAGCCCCAGGUGACUCUGGGCCAUCUUUUUCCGGCAACUUGGAAAGUGACACAGAUGAGGAAAAAGAUGAGCAGCCAGCAGUAGGGGAAGCCUCUUCAGCUACCAGGAAAGGUACUGCCGUGAAGGCAGAGAAGCCUGAAGCUGAUAGGGUUAUAAUUAAUAUCCGGCUAGUAAAGGCUCGGUCUUCAGUUCAGAGACCCAAGGACUCAAGAGUCAAGAGGGAUGCAGGAGAUGGAGUGGGUCCAGUUGGAGUGAUUCUGGAGAGGAGGAGCCAACCUCCUGAAGAGGACAGUGACACUGAUAUGGAUGAAGAGUGCAGGCCUCCUGGAAGACCAGCUGUUGUCUGUUUGGAAAGGGCCCACUCUUCUAGCUUCAUGGGUAGUGAUACUGAUGUGGAAGAAGAAACAAUCCCUGUGACCCCAGCCAUAGUUCCUAUGAAGAAGAAGCAGAUCUUCCAUGGAGUUGGUACAAGAGGUACUGAAUCACCUGGCCUGGCAUAUCUGCAGAUGAGCCUAGCUGGUAAUGAUACAGAUGUGAAGGAGGGCGAAGCCCCACUGACUGUCCCUCUGGAGGGAAGCCAAACCUCCAUGGUGAUCAACAGCGAUACAGAUGAUGAGGAAGAAGUGUCAGCAGCACUUACUUUGGCACGUCUGAAAGAGAGUGGAGCUGUUUUAUGGAACAGAGACACAUAUGUGGAAGAGGGCAGAGCCCAACCUGUGGCCCUUCUAGAGCAAAGCCAAACUGCCUCUGGGAGAGACAGUGACACAGAUAUGGAGGAAGAGUGGCUCCCAAGGGAAAAGAGAGAAACUGUCCCCAGCAGCCACACAGACGAGAAUGGGACCAUUGUUACAGCACAAUCAGAAAAGGUCCAACCUCCCCUUGGAAAUAGUGAUAGUGAGGAAGCAGAUGUGAGUUCACCUGGGAUCCACCUGGAAAGAAGCCAGGCCUCCUCUGCCACAGUGGGCAACAACACUGAAGUGGAAGAAGUAGUCCCGCUAGGGCCAGCUGUUAUCCAUCUGGAAAAGAAUCAGGUGUCUGUGGAGGGGACAAAUGAAACAGAUGUGGAAGCAGAAGAGGAUUCAGAGCUGCUUGUGGUGCCUCUAAAGGAAGCCUGGCCUCCUGAUGAAGACUGGGAGACAGAUGUGGAAGAGGACAGGUCUUCAACAGGGACAAAUGUAAGGAAGAGCCAGCUUUGGGCAGAAGGGGAUACUAAGACAGAGCAGGCUACGGCUGUUCUUGAACAGGAGAGCGCUCUUGAGAUGGGGGCCCAAGGUGGAUCACCUGUGGCACAAGUGGAGCAGGUAGUGGUGCACCCAGGCACUCUAGGGGAGCCCAUCCUGGCACAGAGAAAGGGAGUACAAAUCCCCACAGGAAGAGAAAGAAAAGCACAUAGGGGCGUGACCAAGGACUCCAAGGACAGCUGUGAUGAUCCUGAAGAUCUGGACCUUCAAGCUACUCAGAGCUUUGUGGAGAGGGAGAAUCAAAGCCUGGAAGCAGUCCAGAGCUUGGAGGAUGAACCCACCCAGGCCUUCCCAUUUACCCUACCCCAAGAGCCCAGCCCUUCCCAUUGCAGAUUUCAGACCCCAGGUACCCUGGAUGAGCCUUGGGAAGUCUUGGCUACCCAGCCAUUCUGUCCGAAAGAGUUUGAGAUCUCUGAGCCCCAGCCCAUUGCCACCCACCUUGAGGCUCAUGGAUCUUGCCAAUCUCCACCUAGGGCAACAACUCGAGACCAGCAUCCAGAGAGCCCAGUUCACACAGAGCCGUUGGGGAUUCAAGGCAAAGGGAUGCAGACUAUGGAGAAAGAUAUGGGUACACCAAAAAGAACAGCAGAGAGGGUGCCCCCUGAAAGAGGGCUGUCGGAAAGGGAAAUUCAGGAACAGUCACCAGACAGGGAGAAGGAAGAUGUGAUGGGGGAGGAAGAAUUAACUAGGGUGAUACAGGGCAGAGAGCAAAAACAGGUGUUAGCUAAAGACACUAAAACACAAGAGUCUGCUAACAUGGUAAAAAGUGUGACUCCUAAAAGGGAUAGGGAGAGUUCGAAGAUAGAAAUGGAGCUGUCUAAGGAAAUACAAGAGAAAGAAAUGGAGAAGCAGAUACUCACAAGAAAAAUAUUUGGGAGAAAAGUAGAGAAACCUGUGCCAGACAGAGAGUGUAAGCCAGAUGGGUUAGAAGUGACCCUGGUUAGAGGAGAGGUAGAUGGAGGGAUCCAGGACCAGAAAGGGCAGGCCACCAGUCCAACACAAGAGUCUGGAGUGGAGGCAGAGGACCUUCAGGGAUUUAAAAUAGUUUCUGGGAACCAGUCAGGUGAAGGAAGGGGAGCCCUGGUGAGCCCUAGGAGGCAGCAAAGAGGCCACUUGAAUUGCAUGAUGCCACCUGCUGAGAAGGCUUCAUGGGGUGCUCCAGAAUCUCCAGAUGCUUGCCUGCCUCCUGCAGUACCAGAAGCUUCAGCCCCACCCCAAAGACCCUUUACCUCUCAGAGCCCAAACCAUCCUGUACCUCAGCCUCUCCUUCCUCCCUCUCCCCCUUCCUCUGAACCACCCAUUUCUAGGACUAGGCACAAUAGAAGUCUGGAAAUUUCAGAGACUCCCCCAUCCUCAGAGUUGGAGGCUUUUCACCCAAAGCAUAACAUCAGGCCCCGGCGGCGAUCCUCCAGGAUGACGCCUUCUCCACUUUCCUCUACCCCUACCACCCCCACAGACCAGCCCAUCACCCCCGAGCCCACAUCUCAGGCCACUUGGGGCAGAACACGUAGGUCUUCUGUUAAAACACUCGAAUCAGUUGUACCCAUAGCCACUAAACUCCAUCCUUCCACCUCCACAGUCCAGCCUGUCAUCCCUAAGUGCUUGUCUCGAGUCACUCGGGGCAAGACAAAUAGGUUCUCUGUCAAAAUCCCUGAACCAGUUGUCCCCACAGGCCCUGAACUCCAUCCUUCCACCUCCACAGUCCAGCCUGUCAUUCCUGAGCCCACAACUCAGGCCAGUCGGGGCAGGACACGUAGGUCCUCUGUUAAUUCUCCUGAAUCAGUUGUCCCCACAGCCUCUCACCUCCAGCCUUCCAUCUCUACAGACCAUCCUGUCACCUCCAAGCGCACAUCUCGAGCAUCUCGGGGUAGGACAAAUAAGUCCUCUGUUAAGACCCUUGAACCAGUUGUCCCCACAGGCUCUGAACUCCAUCCUUCUAUCUCCACAGACCACCCUGUCACCCCCAAGCCUACAUCUCGAGUCACUUGGGGUAGGACAAAUAGGUCUUCUGUCAAGACCCCUGAACCAGUUGUCCCUACAGGCCCUGAACUCCAGCUUUCCACCUCUGCAGUCCAAUCUGUCACCCCCAAGCCCAUGACUCGGGCUGCUUGGGGUAGGGCAUGUAAGUCCUCUAUUGAGACUCCUAAGUCAGUUGAACCAAAAACACCAGAUCUUGAGCCUCCCGGUUCCACAGACCAGCCUGUCAUCCCUGAGGCUGUAGCUCAGCAUGAGACAGUAAAGUCUUUAUCCCUAAGUUCUGCCCCAGUUCUCACUGCCCCUCAAUUCCAGUCUCCUAUUGCCACAGCCCAGCCUGUUUCUCUUGAACCCAUUCCUCAAGCCAGUUGCAGCAGGAGACAGAGGGCUGCUAGGAAGCACAGCUCCCUCACACCUCCCAUUAGUAACAAGCUGCCUUCUGCACCCCCUCAACCUAAGUCCCGAUCCUUGAGGAUCCAAAGACAAGGAGCACUGAGAGCAGCUGAGUCUCUUGGCACCAUUCCUGAACCUUCCUUUCCCCAAUGUCCUGAGCUACCCACUCAUGCUCCCCAGAUCCAAAAGGUAAAAGUAGCAGGUACAUCUGGGUUCACACCAGAGCCCCAGCCUAAGGCCUCUCAAAUCCGCAAGAGGUCUUCUGCUACCAUGGACUCACCCCCACUUCAAAAACGGUCCCAAAGAGAAGUCUCCCAGAAGACAGUGUUUCCCAAGGAAGAGGAAGAUGCCAUGGAAAGGCCAAGGAAGGAAGAGGAUGUCGUGAUUCCAGGACCAGGCAAAAGGAAGAGAGACCAGGCAGAGGAGAAAUCCAAGGGAAUACCAAGCCGUGGCCUCCGACGCACCAAGCCUAACCAAGAAUCAGCAGCCCCCAAAGUACUCUUCACAGGAAUCAUGGAUGCUCGUGGGGAGCGGGCAGUGCUGGCACUAGGGGGGAGUUUGGCUGGCUCAGUGACAGAGGCCUCCCAUCUGGUCACCGAUCGAAUCCGCAGGACAGUCAAGUUCUUGUGUGCCCUGGGGAAGGGGAUCCCUAUCCUCUCUCUGGACUGGCUACAUCAGUCCCGAAAGGCUGGUCACUUCUUGCCCCCUGAUGAAUAUGUGGUGACUGAUCCUGAGCAGGAGAAGAACUUUGGCUUUAGACUUCGGGAUGCCCUGAGCCGGGCUCAAGAGCGAAGGCUUCUGGAGGGCUAUGAGAUUCAUGUGACUCCUGGAGUCCAGCCACCACCACCUCAGAUGGGAGAGAUCAUCAGCUGCUGUGGAGGCACAGUGCUCUCCAACAUGCCCCGGUCCUAUAAGCCUCAGAGAGUUGUGAUCACAUGCCCCCAGGACUUCCCUCGCUGCUCCAUCCCAUCUCGGUUGGGGCUGCCCCUCCUUUCUCCUGAGUUCCUGCUGACUGGAGUCCUGAAGCAGGAAGCCAAACCAGAGGACUUUGUCCUCUCCAGCUUGGAAAUAUCAUCCACCUGAAAAUUCCAGUACUUUUUCCUCUCCCAGGCCAGUAAAUAAACCUCCAGAAAACAUUUUGGGAAAAAAGAACUAAGGGCUUUUCAGAAACAACUCGAGUAUAUUGAUAAGCCUUGUCCUGGAACAUUGGUAAAACCAGAAGGUUUUACCUUCUGGGAAAACAGCACAAUAGGGAGAUUGGGAGCCACAGAUUUUCUAAAAUGGCCAUUUUAAUCCUUUAGCCGGCUACUUGGGCAGAAGGAUAGGGAGUUUAAGACCAGCCCCGGCAAAGUUAGUGAAAUCCUAUCUCGAAAAACCAAGCCAAAACAAACAAACAAAAACUCCCAAAAGACAAAAGGGUUAGGGGCGGCUCAAGUGGUAGAGCACUUGCCUAGCAUGCAAGAGGACCUGGGUUCAACAACCAGUACCACCAAAAGAAUAGAAAAUUAGCUAAUCCCAUUCUGUGCUCUCUUAAGUAGCUGCUCAUCUUUAGGUAGUCAUUGCGUCAUAGCAUACACAAUAUCCUGCCUUUGGGUAGCUAUCUCUCUUCUCUUUUCUUACGGUCAUUCUUACUCAUCCUCAAAAGACAGUGAGAACAACUUUGGCAUCAGAAACAUGUAUGGGUGCUUGGAAUGAGAUGUAAGGGUGGAGUUAUGAAAUGCAAGUAAAAUUAUUUUUCCUCUGUCCAGCCCCAGCUGUUCAGAAUUAUCCUUUAGCUUUGAGUAAGUCUCUGCACUUUUCUGACUAGUAUUUAUGAAAUAAGAGCUUUUGCUUGAUCUCUGAUGAAUAAAUGUUCAU